AUGACAGUCACUGCUGAAAAUCUAUACGAUGAUAAGGGUCCAAAGAUUCUGGCCGUGCUCUGGACUCUGACGGGAUUGACCACCAUAAUAGUCAUCGCCAGAGUCUACAUCCGGCUGGCCCUGCUGCGGAACUUUGGCGUUGACGACUACUUGAUCGUGGUGUCUACGAUACUGGGACUUACAUACUGUGUCAUCACGACCGUCGGCGUCAAUGCAGGCUUUGGAAAACACGCCAUGUACCUGACCCAGGACAAUCUGGAAUUCGCCAUCCUACUCAACGUUGUCAGCUUCUUGUUUGGCAUUCUCUCCUUUACGCUCCCCAAGCUAGCCGUUACCGCUAUGUUGAACCGAAUCUUGAAUCCUAGUUCGUUGAUGAAGACUAUACUGUGGAUGAUGACUGGAACUGCAGCUGUCGUGUCCAUUAUCUGCAUCAUUAUCUUAUUCACAAUGUGCAAUCCGCCAGAGGCCUUAUGGCAUGUCAGUCUUAUGGAAAAAGGCGCUACGUGCAAGAGUACUGAGAUUCUCAUCGAUUAUGCUAUCUUCACUGGAGGCAGGUCUCCCCUGUCUUCGCUCUCUGCCAUCGUUGAUCUAUCCCUGGCUAUCUAUCCGGUAACCGUCUUGUUGAAACUUCAAAUGUCGCUACGGAAGAGGAUUGCCCUCUGUGCUGCUCUGGGGCUGGGUUCAAUUGCAUCCGCAAUGGCAAUUAUCAAAUGUACACAGCUAAACGGACUCGCUGACCACUCCGAUUACACCUACGGAACCGCCGACCUCGUCAUGUGGACCAAUAUCGAAGCCGACGUCGUCACGAUAGCAUCCUGCAUCCCCACCCUCCAGCCACUCCUCGAAAUAAUUCUCGGCAAGCGCGGAAUGGGCUCCUACAGCCAAGGGAAGGGCGACCACUACAAAGGCAGCAGCAACUUCCAUCCUUCAUUCAAUCGCACCAAGCAAUCCAGCAAACAAGGAAAGGAUGACCUCGGCUUCACCAAUAUUGACAGUCAAGGCAGCCAAGAAAGCAUCCUUGCCGCCGACAAUGAUCAAAAUAAAAAUAGCCAUGCUAUGGGUCAUAUCCAUCGCACGGAUGAUGUGACCAUCUCAUAUGAGUCGACUUCGAAAUUGAGUCCUGUUUCCAGGGAAUAUCCGGCGGGAUCUUCUUGGUAG